AUGAGCGUAAAGAGCUUGACCACCUGCCAGGUCGAGUAUCGUACAGUUUGCUCCUCUCAGCAGACACACACAGGUCAGCCGUGCACGAGAAUCAGUAUCCAGUUAAGAGCGGAGGACCUAUUAGAAACGGCAACCCAUUACGACUACCAUCCUCUUGGCCCCAGACAGACUGGUGAUUCCAAGCUUGAUUCGAGCAAGUCCGAGGACACCACGCACUCGAUCAGUCAAACCAAGAGCGUCACAGAUCAAGUGGCAGUGCAACAAGCACAGAUAGCAAGCCUUCAACAAGAACUCAACAACAAGGUCGAUGACAUCCGAAAGCUGCAUGGAAUUAUCCAACGGAGUGGUCAAAACAGUUCCAGUGUAUCAGACGACAACAUCAACAGAGCUUUCAGCGACUUGAGAGAUGGCAUCCUCCGCAUCGUCAAGCUGUUCGAACUGAAACUCAAUCAGGUAAAGAGCCGGAUAGGGUUGGAGCAUGCGCUGGGAAAGCAUAAAGGUCUGACUUUGUCUGAAUUUUAA